AAGGGUAGCAGCAACACAUUUGUGGCUUGAUGCUUUCCCAUGGAAGUGUGUGCUUUGGCUCUGUGGUGACAGGUGCAGUACACAGCCCUGAAAUGUCUGUUCAAGCACCUUACAGUGAGUGGUGUGGGGAGAUGUGUUUCUGUGGCACGGUGGCAGGGAUGGUCACUUCAGCAAAGAUUUGUCUCUAUUCAAGAGAUGCUGAUGUGGCCUCCUGUGAUAACAAAUACAGUUGUUUGAUCUCUUGUGCAGAAGUUCUGAUUGGCACAGGGUUGAAAUAUGCCUUCCCAAACACUGAUGUGAGAGCUCAUUGGUUUUGAGGUCUGCUGGUGUGUUUGGACAGUUUUCUGGUUUGGGUCCUGUCUCUGUUGGGCUGCACUUUUUUUUUACUGUAUAAUUAAUUCCCUGUGAUGCUGGAUGAUGCUACCUUCACUGGUGCCUGGCUUAUUCUGGUUUUAGUCUGUGCUUUGCAGUGGGUGAAGUAAUGGUCAUCUUGGGUUUUCAGAAAUGCUUUGCCUGUCUUAGGUUGAUGUUUUGAGGGGACAUUUGAGGGCAUCAGCCUGGCAUAUCCUUCUAAAGUAAAACCUGUGGGCAGCAUUAUGUUAGACUCCAGACUGGGCUGAGUGCAGCUGUAGUAACAGAACUUGGGCACUGCUGAGACUUGGCUAAUGCUCAAAGAGUGCAAAGGCCUGUUUGAGGCCUCCUGUGUGUGUGUGGAUUUGGGUUGGCUCAGGUUGCUCUGCUCUUAAAAUGAGAGCAAAACACUGGAGGAAAAAAAAAAAAGAGUAUUGUAGUAAUGUGUUACAGUAAUUCCUGUCUGUGCUCACAUGUUGCGAAGAACAGUAAAAAUACAGCACUUCCCUGGCACUCAUCUGUGUUUAUUCUCUUUCUUUAGGACCUGACUGGCAUAGAGUCCAUGGACCAGUGUCGUCACACGCUGGAGCAGCACAACUGGAACAUAGAGGCAGCUGUACAGGACCGACUGAAUGAGCAAGAGGGUGUCCCAAGUGUCUUUAAUCCUCCUCCUUCACGGCCAUUGCAGGUCAAUACAGCUGACCACAGGAUCUACAGCUACGUUGUCUCAAGGCCACAGCCAAGGGGCCUGUUAGGAUGGGGUUACUACUUCAUAAUGCUUCCAUUCCGAUUUACCUAUUACACAUUACUUGAUAUAUUUAGGUUUGCUCUGCGUUUUAUACGCCCUGAUCCUCGUAGUCGGGUCACUGACCCAGUGGGUGACAUUAUUUCGUUUAUUCAUAUGUUUGAGGAAAAAUAUGGGAGGAUACACCCUGUCUUCUACCAGGGAACUUACAGCCAGGCACUGAAUGAUGCCAAGCGGGAGCUGCGGUUCCUGUUGGUUUAUCUUCAUGGAGAUGACCACCAAGACACAGAUGAAUUCUGCCGCAAUACACUGUGCGUACCUGAGGUGAUCGCCCUCAUAAACACUAGAAUGCUCUUCUGGGCUUGCUCAACCAAUAAACCAGAGGGAUACAGAGUCUCCCAGGCUCUGCGAGAGAACACAUACCCAUUCCUGGCUGUAAUCAUGCUGAAGGAUCGCAGAAUGACAGUAGUUGGACGUCUGGAAGGCCUCAUCCAGGCUGAUGACCUCAUUAAUCAACUGAUGUUUAUCAUGGAUGCCAACCAGACAUACCUGGUGUCUGAACGUCUGGAAAGGGAAGAGAGGAACCAAACCCAAGUUCUGAGGCAGCAGCAGGACGAGGCAUAUCUGGCAUCCUUGCGUGCGGACCAGGAAAAGGAGCGCAAGAAGAAAGAGGAACGGGAGAGGAAGAAGAAGAAGGAGGAGGAAGUGCAGCAGCAAAAACUAGCAGAGGAGAAGCGGCGACAGACGCUGCAGGAGGAGAAGGAGCGGAAGUCCGAAGGCCUUCCUCCCGAGCCACAUCCCGAUGACCCAGAGAGUGUUAAGAUCAUUUUCAAGCUGCCUAACGAUUCCAGAGUGGAGCGGCGAUUCCACUUCACACAGUCAUUGACGGUGAUCCAUGACUUCUUGUUCUCCUUGAAAGAAAGCCCUGAAAAGUUCCAGAUUGAGGCCAAUUUCCCUCGCCGUGUCCUGCCCUGCCUCCCGACAGAGGAGUGGCCCAACCCACCCACGCUGCAGGAGGCCGGACUCAGCCACACGGAAGUCCUCUUUGUGCAGGACCUCACGGACGAUUGACACUUUUCCAGAAGACACGAAAUGGAAAGAGAAAUUCAUAUUAUUAUUAUAAUACAAUAUUUUUUUUAAAAGACUGCAUACAAACGAGGGAUCAGAGACCACAUCGCCUGUGCCAGCUGUGCUGUGUGUGUGCACUGGCGAGAGGAAGUGUGUGUGCAUCCUCACACACCUGUGUACACAGCCAUCCCCUACACUGGGAGGGCAGAGAGCGAGGGGAGCUGGUGUUGCCCCUCCGCCCUCCCUGGGGAGGAACAGGAAUGGCAGCUCUCAGUAAUUAUGCUUUUAUUGACAACAAUAAUAAUAAAACCCCAAGAACCUGACAUCUUGUGAAGAUUUGAUACUCUGCUGCUCCUGACAGCCAGAAGACCGGGCACCUGAAUGUGCUGGGAGUGGGGCAGGGGGGGAGGGCUGGACAGAAUCUCUUCAGCUUCCCUGUGUAUAAAUAUCUUUCUUUUAAUAUUUCUCUUGCUUUGUAAUGACCAAAGGAGAAUGGGGUUGACUAUAGUAUUAACUUUUUGAUAAAGAGCUGGUUCGAUUCUUACCCGUGUGGGGUCUUGCCCAGGGUUCUUAGCCUGCGUAGUGUAAUAAACUCUGCCUCUAGCA